AUGGAAUCUAAUUCUGAUAUUAAUGAUGAUGAUGAGAAUGAAGAUAAGGAGGAUGAGAAGGAUGAGGAUAAAGAGGAUGAGAAAGAUGACUUUACUUUACGAAUGCAAGAACUUGAGAAAUUUUUUAUAAACUUAAAAAAAGAAAGUAUAAUACAUAAAGAUGCUGCAUUAAAUGUAGCAAAAAAAAAUUAUAAUGAAGGAUCAUGA